AUGAAUCACGAUAGUUUCUCUUCCCUAAAAUUUCGACGGUCGUCAAGCAAGCUUCACAAAGACCCUCCAAGCUUCACGUCCCGCAUCUUGAAGAGUCAGCAGAGCAACACCUCCCUCAAACGUCACCCCUCAGCCCCCGUCUACCCUCGUUCCGCUGCCGCUGCCGGAGGUCGAGAGCACACUCGGACGAGAUCGAACGCAUACGGAUCAUCCUCAUCCUCCCUCGAGCAGAACAGCGGCAAUCCUUCUCCAGCACACUCUGGCAACGAGUCGGGCUAUUUUCCGACCAGCAAUAAUUCCUUCAAGUCCCGCCCUCCCCCCGCCGGCCGAUUUUCUCUCAGUGAGCAGAGCUCAGAUGAACUGAUUGGCACCCCAUUUGAUAGUCGGGGCAUGCUCAGCUCUUUGAAAGAGAAUUCGACCGAGUCUGAUCCCGUUUCCGAAAAGCCCCCGACCUUGCGGUCGGCCACAAGCCCUGAAACCCGAGGAUUAAGACAGUCGGCUAGCCUGGCUACCUUACAGAGCCGAAUGGAGACGUUUGUGCACAGGGCGACCGACAAUGACCGUUCGGUAAAUCCGAAGCGUCUCUCCGACGAGGGUAACACAACGACCAGGCCAUUUGCGGGCAGAAGCAAGAAGAGCAGUUUUUCCAGCUUUGUCAACAGUAUGCUCGGCUCCCCACGAGGCAUCAAAAUCUCCGCCCCGGAGAACCCCGUCCACGUCACUCAUGUCGGCUACGAUAACCAGACCGGCCAGUUUACUGGUCUCCCGAAAGAAUGGCAACGAUUAUUACAGGAGAGCGGUAUCUCUAAGAAGGAGCAGGAAGAGCACCCCCAGACCAUGGUUGAUAUCAUGAGAUUCUAUGAGAAGAAUGCCCGGGGUGAUGAUGAGGUUUGGCACAAAUUUGACCAUGCAUACCCGCAACACCAGUCAGCAGCCAGUCCGGCCUCCGGCACGGGUUCCUAUGGUCCUGGCGCGCAGCGAGUCUCACCCCCAACAAGUCCUCGAUUCCCUCAGAACCAUGAAGGCAGCUUCGAAAACCCCCGGGCGCCACCUCCAAUUCCUCGCGGUGCUCCUGCAGCAGGCCAAGCCAUGUCACCAUCGGUGGGUGGAUUCGUUCCCAACCGGGCCCCGCCAAAGCCCCCAAGCGCAGGCACGAUCACCCCAGCUCGCCCCGCUCCUCAACCUCCUUCCGCAGCUACCUACGCUGCAGCACCGGUCCGCGCAGCUCAGGAUGCUUAUGCUCAGGCCUAUGCAACACCCCCAAUUCCGGAGACAGAGCCUUUACCCAAGGAACAACACCCGCUCAGCAGAUCCAACUCCAAGGCAAAUGGUACGCCCGUGCCCUGGACAACGCCAUCUCCGGCUCAGUAUCAGCAACAACAGGAGCAAGCCAUGGCUGCAGCCCAGCAGGCGAUUGUCAGCAAACAGCUUGAGCGGAGCCGCAGUCAGCGUCAGCAGCAGGCCGCUCAGAAGCAAGCAUCGCAGCAAGCACCUCCUCAGCACAUUACUCCCGUGGAAGAGACAUCUGCUUCGAUGCAGCAGGCACGUGCUGCUCCGGCUGCCGCUGCCGCUGCCGCUGCCGUCGGCGCCGCCCCCGCUGCUCGUCCGCGGCAACGGGCCCGCCAGAGUAACAUCAUGGACGUUAGACAACGACUACUCGCGAUUUGCACUCCCGGCGACCCGACUAAACUUUACCACCACCUCAACAAGAUUGGCCAGGGAGCAUCGGGCGGCGUUUUCACUGCGUAUGAAAAUAACUCCAAUAGCUGUGUCGCUAUCAAGCAGAUGAAUCUGGACUUGCAGCCCAAGAAAGAUCUUAUCAUCAACGAAAUCUUGGUCAUGAAGGACAGCAAACACAAGAACAUCGUCAACUUCCUGGACAGUUAUCUUCACGGUCUGGACCUAUGGGUGGUGAUGGAAUAUAUGGAAGGUGGCAGCUUGACAGAUGUGGUCACGUUCAACAUCAUGAGUGAAGGGCAGAUUGCUGCCGUGUGCAGAGAGACUCUGAGUGGUCUGCAGCAUCUUCACUCCAAAGGUGUCAUCCACCGUGAUAUCAAGUCGGACAACAUUCUGCUAUCUUUGGAUGGCAACAUCAAAUUGACCGAUUUCGGUUUCUGUGCCCAGAUCAACGACUCGCACAACAAGCGAAACACUAUGGUGGGCACGCCGUAUUGGAUGGCACCAGAAGUCGUUACCCGAAAGGAGUAUGGCCGCAAGGUCGAUAUCUGGAGUCUCGGAAUCAUGGCAAUUGAGAUGAUUGAGGGCGAGCCCCCUUAUUUGACCGAGUCGCCUCUGCGAGCGCUGUACUUGAUCGCAACCAACGGAACGCCCACGAUCAAGGACGAACACAACCUGUCUCCUGUUUUCCGGGACUUCCUGCACCUUGCACUCAAGGUGGACCCCGAGAAGAGAGCGUCUGCUCAUGACCUGCUCAAACAUCCGUUCAUGUCCCUCUGCGCCCCUCUGUCACAUCUGUCGCCGCUGGUGAAGGCCGCGCGAGCCAACCGAGCGCAAGAAAAGGCUCAAAAGGGGGGUGCCUAG